UCAGAUCCUGUUUCUGUGUGGGGAACUAACGGUGUGUGUGUGUGAGCGCGCGCGCGCGUGUGUGUGUGUGUGUGUGUGCACAUAUGGCCAUCACACGAGCCAGAGCCGGUGUUUGUACAGUUUCUUUGUUUGCCCCACUGUGUAGCCAUGCGCGGUUAAUACGAGCCAGCGACUAACAGGAUUAGCGGGACUUGUCUCCCUUCUCCUCUUCUCUCCUCUUUUCUCCUCUCCGUGUGAGAAGGACAGAAGAAUGAUCGCAUCCUUAUCCAAGGGGAAUUUACUCGAUGUGCUGCAGGAGGGCUUCAAUGAGCAACAGCUGGUGGCGUACGUGUCGUGGGUGAAUGCUCAGCUGAGGAAGAAGCCUGGUCUGAAGCCUGUCAGUGACCUGCGGCAGGAUCUCCGAGAUGGUGUGGUGCUCACACACCUCAUUGAGAUAGUGGCUGGUGAGCUCCUUGAAGGUAUUCACUAUUCACCAAAGGACAACCAAGAGAAGAGAGAAAAUGUGGAGAAGGUUUUGCAGUUCGUGUCCUCUAAGCGGAUACGCAUGCCACAGACGUCUGCCAGAGACAUUGUGGAAGGGAACCUCAAAUCUGCCAUGAGGCUGAUCCUGGCUCUAGCAGCACAUUUUAAGCCAUCUGCCUCAGCCAAUCACAGAGCAGGAGCUGUCUUGGCUAGGAAUUCAAACAGCUCCUCAGCCAAUCACAGACCUCAUUCCACUAUGGCCAUGGCCCAGAAUGCAGCGGCGGCUCUAGCGGCUGCCCGGAGCGAUGCGUCUCGCUCAGGACGUGGCGUUCAUCAGCUCAGACAGGACUGGCACAGACAGAGCUCCAGUGCUGAUGAGGAGAUUGAUAACCCAUGCUGGAGUGUGCGGGCUUUGGUCCAGCAGUAUGAGGGACAGGGUGGAGCCGACAUGGACAACACAGAGACAGAGACAGGAGACCAAAGCUUGAGCACCUCCAGUCCCAACCACAUGCCCAAAGACUCCACCAGCAUCUCUGAAGACAAAGGACAGCUUUUGAGUAUCCAAUCAGCACACGUCAGAGACAAUAUGCCAAGUGGCCCAGCAACAGCCCAGGAGCAUGAUGGGAGGUGUGUGAGUAACUAUGCCUGGGAGGAGCAACUGUGGGAGCAGCAGGAGCAGUUAGAGAGAGAGAUGGUGGAGGCCAGGAGAAUGGUGUCCAGCCUACAGGCUUUGCUUCUCCACGGCUCCUUGCCUGACGAUGAGCAGGAUGUUUCACUGAGUUUGGGAGAAGGAGUGGAAAAUGCAGAGCAACAACUGGUAAUAAUCCACAGUCGUCUUGAUCAGAGCAUGGAGGAGAGUCUGGAGCUGAAGAGGGAGCUGUUGAAGUACAAGCAGGAGGCACGCAAUCUACAAGGAGUCAAAGAUGCUCUCCAGCAGCGGAUGACCGCACAGGAGUCAUCUGUGUUACAGCUCAAACAGGAGCUCCUGCGCACCAGCAUGAACCGUGAUGAACUGGCGAGACAAAAUGCAGAGCUUCAUAAGAAGCUAGAAGAGAGGAGCAGGCUUCUCGGUGAUUAUAAGAAAGAGUUAGGACAGAAGGACCGCCUGCUUCAGCAACAGCAGUUCAAACUGGACGAAGCUCUACGCAACCUGACAGACAGCAGCAGCCAGCAGGCUGACCUGCAGAGGGAGCUGGAGCACAAGCAGAAGAUUCUUCAGGAGCUCACUGAUCGUGAUAAAGAUGAGCUACCUGGAUCUCCAAGCAACGGCUACACGCAUCCAGCAGCCCCAGAGCUCAGCACAGCUCGAGCACACAAAGGAACAGAGGAGCUGCAGUUGGUGCGGGAUGCUCUACGCAGUCUGAGGAACAGUUUCGGAGGCCAUGACCCUCAGCACCACACACUGGACACACUGGAGCAGGGCAUGGCCAGCCUUAUGGACCGCCUCUACACACUGGAGUCACAGACCAGACAGGAGAGAAAGGCAAAGGUGAAGUCUCCAGGACACAAGGCCACUCACACAGACAGGGACUCCUGGCCUUCCAGCACCAAAAUGGUCCAUUCUCACAGCAGCCCUUUGCUCAACUCCUCUCCCUCCACCAAAGUCCUCUACUUCACAGACCGCUCACUCACACCCUUUAUGAUCAACAUCCCUAAGAGGUUGGGAGAAAUUACCCUUCAAGACUUUAAAGUGGCUAUAGAUCGAGAGGGCAGUUACAGAUACCAUUUUAAAGCUUUGGACCCUGAGUUUGGCACUGUGAAAGAGGAGGUGUUUCAGGACGAAGCGGUGGUGCCCGGCUGGGAGGGCAAGAUUGUGGCAUGGGUGGAGGAAGAUCAUGGCGAGGGAAGGAUCUAACAGGAAGCCUGAGGAAAAUCCCCGCUGGGAUCAGAUGUGAUGGGAAGGAUGAACUGUGCCAGUCUGUCAGAAUAAAUGUGCUUGUGCCGGAUGUACAGAUGCUCAACUCUCUCACUUGAAAUUCUAAAAUCCUCCUGUUCUGUGUACCGCUAUCUUUCCGUGUAAAGUCAAGUGAAAGCUGGACAACAGAACGGACACCUGGGGGUUAAUUAGAUGUGCAGACCCCCACCCUGUCCGUUCUGUCCAUUCUGUCUCCGGAAAACACAGGCUCCUCGCCAAUGACUAAUCUGAGGAGCUUUUCCUGAACCAGUUGCCAUCAUGUACUGCAGACAUCUCUAGUGUCAAAUUAGUGUUUCACUGUGACAACGUCGGUUUCCACUUUAAAAAGAGCUUAGCGUUUCAGGUCUCGUAUUUUAUAGAUGAAAAAGAUAUUUUUUGUAGCAGAAAGAGAGUUUAUGACAGGAAGAGUAAGUAGACACAGUUUAUAGUAGGGUUUGUGUGUUUUUUCUGCCUUAAAUUGACAGAUUAUUUUUUAAAAAUCCAAACCCAAUUCACAUUAUCUAGCUAAGAUUAUGGAGAACCUUCGACGCUGUAGUAACCAGGAAGUGUCCAUUACACCAGCUGCCCACGGCAUGAAGCUCCGAAGGCAUUUUACGUACAAUAUGAUGUCGGCUAAACGGACUGAUAUCAUGUCAGAAGAGCUGUGUAAAGAUAAACACUGCCUUCAGUGAAGGCCAGGCCCAUACCAGCACAUUUUCUCCUUUUUCAUCCUCUUUAUCUGUUAACUUUCAAGUUUGGCUUUUCUGGACAGAUAUUCUAUAAAAACAAACAAACAGAGUAUUUAAAUUUAGGUCAGUCCAGAUUCUAAUGGCAAAAUAAUUACUUCUGUUUCUCAAUACACAGCCCAAGCACUGGACCAAAAUGAGGUUAAGAUAUUACACCUUGCUGGUUUAAUUAAUUCUAUAUCAGUAAGAUCUAAUCUGAGUGUUUCUCCAUACCAAGAGUGUGUGAAAUGGACGUGCGCUCCUGGGAAAAGAGAUUUGCCUUCUUUAAAAAAGAAUUAGUGAGGGCACAAGCCGAGGAAAGAGAUGGGUGAUGGUUAGGGAAUAAAAACACUCAGAGACAUGCUGUUAGAGAAGAAUGAUCCACGAUGAUGUGGUGUGAUGAAGCUAAAUGGAGUUACUGCUACAACUCAAGGUGAUUAUUUUCCAAUAACGGCACAUUUUUAGUUUUUUAUUCCCCUUUUACUGCAGCAAUUUUCAGACUAUUACAAUUUGUACUUUUUUUUUAUCCAUUUACAGUUACAUUUAAUAUUGUGGAACAUCAUAGAAACAAGUUAUCACUUAUAGAACCAAGAAAUCACUUUCUCUAGACAACAUGACAAAAAUAGUAGCUUGUUCUCGAGAAACUGCAACGCAGCGGUCAGGAAGGUGAAUUCACAGCUCUGACUCUUACAAAGCUCUGACUCUAGAGACUCCUUCCAGAAAUGUUAAAUAAUAAAUGUCAGAAAGGUUCACCACUUUUGUUAAACGACCUGUUUUGUUUUUAAAGCUUAGAUUUAUAUGGAGAACCGAAGUACAGGUGAAUCUCCGUGAAUAAGCUGUUACCACGGAAACGACCACGCUUUAGAAAGGACACGUGAAUGUAAACCUGUUGUGACAUGAUCUAGCACAAUUUUGAUGUCACAUGAGCAGAUUCGUCUUUCCUAACAGAAUUUGGCUGAAUGAGAGAGAUUCAUACUUAACCCUUUGUUAAGGAGGGUUUUGUCAGGAGGGUUUAGAUAGCUAAUCAGACACACUGCCAGAAAAUGUCCGAACAAACGUCUGAGUAAAUGUUCCACUGCGAUAUCCUCCCAUUCCUCACCUCCGGUUUUUCCCUCAUACAGUUUAGUUUAAAGAGCUGAGCCUCAUCCACCACUGCUAUAUUAUCGCAAUGAAUUCUGGGACUCUGAGCCCACUGUAGGACGCAAGACAGCAAUCAGACCUUCAAAAGAUUUUUUGGGGAGUCUCUUUAUUUUACUCACUCUUGGUUACUCGUGUUCAUCGGUGUUGUAGCUGAACUCGAGAAACACCACGAGGAUUGUGAGAUUGCCUUAAAAGACUAACACUGAGUGGAGCGAAUAAAAUGUAAAAGACAUCUCUCUCAUUUUAAAGCGUCUGAACAAAGCAUCUUUGUUAUAAGUUUCUGAGUGAAAAUACAGAGCUACGAUUACACUGCACUGAUCUGGAACGUUUACAGAGGAGAAUCCGGCUGUGCCUGGACUGAGCUAUAACCAGAACCGGUCAUCAGAAUACGAUUUGUACCAGAGUAUUGCUUUAACAUUUUAAAUAUGUAUGUAAAUAUGUUUAUAUUUCAGAGAGAGAGAGCGAGAGAGAGAGAGAGAGAGGGGGCUUAAUAUGAUUUUAUAUGAUCUAUGUUCUAUGUUUUAUGAAUGUUUAAAAGCCUUCACGGGGAGGAUUUUACGUUUUGUUUUACUGCAAAUUGCUUUCUUCUUUAGUCGUAUAUGAUUCCGUGUACUGUUCAGUGCUGCACUUGAGACCUCAGUAACGUCACUCAGAUAACAUUCCUGCUAGUGAUUGUUGAUAACGCUUGGAUUUUGGAUUGCAAAUAAAGAAAUGUGAACAUCA